UGCUCCGCGCGCCAUAUAUAACGAGCUAGCAAUGGCAUCUCGAUCGACCACAGCACUGGCCUGUCCAAAUUUCAAAAUGUGGCAACCAAAAGACCUCCUCCUCAUCGCCGUCUCGCUGUGUAUCCUGGCGUGCACGGUGGCGGGCGACGGCGGCGGCAGGCCGCUGGUGACGGCCGUCACAAGGGACGCGGCCACCUCCCUCUACACCAUCCCCGUCAUGUCCGGCAGCCCGCUGGUCCUCGACCUCUCCGGCCCCAUCGUCUGGUCCACCUGCGACGGCGGCGCCUCCCACGACACGCUCGAGUGCAACGACAUCGACUGCAUGCGCGCGCACCGCUUCCACCCGCCCAACUGCCCGCACACCGGCUACGGCAUGCCGGACGCCGACAACCCUUAUCGCUGCAAGUGCACCGCACACCCGCACAACCCCGUCUCCGGGGACACCGCGUCGGGGGACAUGACCCGCGUGGCGCUCUCCGCCAACGCCACCGACGGCAGGAACCCGUUGGGCCCGGUAUCGUUCACCGCCGUGGCGUCUUGCGCGCCGGACUCCCUGUUAGCGGGGCUGCCGGCGGGGGCUGUCGGCGUCGCGGGGCUCGCGCGCUCAGGCCUCGCGUUCCCCGCUCAGGCCGCGCGCACGCAGGGCGUCGCUAACUCGUUCGCGCUCUGCCUCGGGAGCCGCGGCCGUGGCGGCGUCGCCAUCUUCGGCGGGGGCCCGCUCUUCGCGGCGAACGGGCGGUCCAUCACGGACAUGCUGGGCGGCGACACCCCGCUCCGCAAGCACGGGGAUUCCCCCGGCUACUACGUCUCGGCCAGCAGGGGCGUCUUCGUUGACGGAGCGCAGGUGCCGCUGGACACGUACGCACCGCUCACCAUCGGCUUCUCCACGACGACCCCGUACGCGCAGGUGCGCCACGACGUGUACCGCCCGCUCAUCGACGCGUUCGACCGGGCCAUGGAACGCGAGGGUGCGAUAACCGCCGGUGCGAGGGUCCCCUCCCCGGCCGGGUCGCCGUUCGAGCUGUGCUACAACUCUUCGAGGCUGUCACUGACGCGGUUCGGCUACUUCGUGCCGACGGUCGGCUUUGGGCUGGAGGGCGGCUCGGGCUGGGCGGUGCAGGGCAUCAACUCCAUGGCGCUGGUGAUCGGACGCCCCACGGCGUGCUUCGGUUUCGUGGAGAUGAAGGAGGGAGACAAGGCCGGGUAUGGCGGCGGUGCGGCGCCAGCGGUGGUGCUCGGAGGGUUGCAGAUGGAGGAGAACCUGGUGGUGUUCAACGAGGAGAAGCAGACCAUGGCCUUCACCGGGCAGAUCAACGGGAGGGGGCUCUUUUGCAGCAACUUCAAUUUUACCGUGCCCGCCUAGUGGUUCGUUUUAGUUACAUGCAUGGAUCUAGUGUUGCUUGGUCAAAGUUUGUGAUCGUGCUGUGUGGAUUUCGAAUUUGCUUGCAACGAGUAUUAUUUCUACUGUUAA